UUUGCGCGCUGGGUCUUGGAGCAAGACGGGUUUGCGUUUUCAGUGGCUGUUACAGCGAGUGUUUUAGAGAGGUGGCCAUAACAUCGUUGGUUUCUUUAUAAUUUGAAAUUGCCAAGAAGUUGACAGCCGCAAGUAUGCAAGCGGAAUCGGGUAUAGUUCCCGACUUCGAGGUUGGAGAAGAGUUUCAAGAGGAACCAAAAACGUAUUACGAAUUGAAGAGUCAGCCCUUGAAAAAAAACAGUAAUCCGUUAGACCAGCAAUGCUCGUCUUCCAAGCCCCCGUUGGGCUCUUCCGCCAUGACAUCACGAAUCCUGCUGCGGCAGCAGUUGAUGCGAGAGCAGCUCCAGGAGCAGGAGCGGCGGGAGCAGCAGAGACGUCAGGCCUCCUCCACCUCGCUGCACCACCAGACCACCGACAGCCACAUCCACACCCAGACCCCGGCCAUCAACGUCAGCGCGCCCCCCAGCCUCCCCCCCGCAUCCCAGCUGCCAAUGGAGGUGCUGAAGGUGCAGACUCACCUGGAGAACCCCACCAAGUACCACAUCCAGCAGGCCCAGCAGCAGCAGGUGAAGCGCUACCUGGGCAAGCUUGGCUCCCUGCCCUGCCCCAACCAGUCCUCUGACCACAAGGGCUUGGCUCUGGGGCCGGGAAACAGUGCCCCCAACAGCCCCAUGGCCUUACUCACCCUCAACAUCAACUGUGAGAAAGAGAUGGAUGAUGUCAUUGAUGACAUAAUUAGUCUGGAAUCGAGUUAUAACGACGAUAUCCUUGGAUUAAUGGACCCAGGGCUUCAGAUGGCCAAUACGAUCGCUGUCAACACUAACCUCUUGGACAUUUAUGGUAACCAGAGCAUGCCCCAUCCAGGCCUGGCCAUCAACUCCUGCCCUGCCAACCUGCCCAACAUCAAAAGGGAAUACUCAGUUUCCCAAUCUCCGGCCAUCAUGCACAUGCUGGACAAGUCUGGAUCGUGUAGCAAGUUUGAGAACUAUCACAGGCCUGAAGGGUUUCCUGUAGAAGCAGAGGUCAGGGCAAUGGCAAAGGAACGACAGAAGAAGGAUAACCAUAAUUUGAUUGAGAGAAGACGGAGGUUUAACAUCAACGACCGGAUCAAAGAAUUGGGGACCAUGAUUCCAAAAUCAAAUGAUCCGGAUAUGCGAUGGAACAAAGGCACCAUUCUCAAGGCGUCAGUGGAUUACAUCAGGAAGCUACAGAGGGAGCAGCAGAGGGCCAAAGAGCUGGAGAACAGGCAGAAGAAGCUGGAGCAUGCCAAUAGACACCUGAUGCUGCGGAUACAGGAGUUGGAGAUGCAAGCUCGUGCCCAUGGUCUGACCACAGACACAUCUGCCCUCUGCUCAGCUGAGCUCUCAGUCCGAGGCAUCAAGCAGGAGCCAGCCCUGGGAGACUGCCACCAGGAUCUGUACCAUGUCCACCCCCAGCACCAACACCACCCAGCCUGCACUCCAGACCAGGUUCAGUACACCAUCUUGGAGCUCAACAAUGGAGCAUCUCCCUACACCAAGGGCCACAGGGGAGUCUCAGGUGACAUGGGGCCUUACGGCAGUCAUCCUAAGGGGGCCUUGAUGGACAUCCUGAUGGAUGACAACUUGUCCCCUGUGGGAGGGGGAGACCCCCUGCUUUCCUCUGUCUCGCCCAGAGCUUCUAAGGACAGCAGCUGCUCAGGCAGCAAAAGCAUGGAAGAGAACGACCAGAGCUGUUAGCACUCACUGCUGCCCACUCCACUCACCUGCAUCUUUAUCUCCACCCCUUCAACCUGUUCUAUGUUGUGUUGUGUUGAGGCCUCCUCAGACGUCUCCCGUCAGUAGCUAACUUCAGCCAACUGCUGGUUAGUUAGUUAGUUUGUUUUCAGGUGUUUACACAUUUUACAUUUUUCAUUGUUUUGUUUUUUUUGUUUAUUAUAUGGUAUCAUUGGGUUCUGAAAGCCGUCAAACUGAAUUUAGUUCAGUUUCUCUUGUGUAUUGAUUAUAAAUUACUUUUUAAUAGUUUGUUUUAAUAGAUCAUGCUCUGAUUUUAUCAAUACUGUUAUGACAAUGAGUCAGGGAGCGACAUCUCACACAUACUGUACCUGUGUAAGGUCAUCAUGGUAUAGGGCAGGCUUAUAAUAGUUAUAAAACCCUGAUUGAUAAGCUUAUUGCUUUAAAUAAAAGAAAAAAUGCAAUUCCCUCGAAGUGAAAACUAAAAAUUGUGGUUUAAUAUAUUGUUGGUGUGUUACACAGUCACACUACUUCCUUUAUAGCAUGUCUAUUCAGCGCAAUAUGACAGAAACGAUAAUACAUUAUUUUGAUUACUUUUGUUUGUGCAUUACUUUUGUGCUUUUGAACUUGAAUGAGAUAACGUCUUAGUCAGGAGAUUUGUAAACAUUUCACAUAUAGCACAGAACAUAAUGUCAGUCUAUCAAUAUUGGUAGAAAUGCAACAUUGAUUUCCAUACAGGCACAUUUGGUUUAUGAUGAUAUUUAUGGCAAUAAGAUUGAAAUGUAUUGCAGCAAAUACUCACUAAGAAGUGGAUCUCUAAGGAAGAAAAAUACAUUUUGUUUUUAACUUGUCCAUUUUCUAUUUUUAUUUAAUUUUUUUGUACACUUAUUAGGAUUUGCCUGUCCAUCCAUUUCGUGUUUAAGAGAUAUUCAGGAUAUUUUUUUGUCAAUGAUGUGAAUGUUUAUAUUGCUAGGAAUAUAAGGAGAUGUACAUGUAGAAAAUUGUUUAAACACUGGAAUGACGUCCAUAAAUUGAUUUAAAUAUAUAUUUACUAAUGAUUAUAUUUAGGUUUUUCAAAUGAUUGAUUGUAGUUAAAACUAUAAGCUGUACUGUUAAUGUAUAUUUCUACUUUUUAACAACUGUAGGAAAGUACUCAAAUAUGCCUUUGAUAAUAACUACAGUGCCUUGCGAAAGUAUUCGGCCCCCUUGAACUUUGCGACCUUUUGCCACAUUUCAGGCUUCAAACAUAAAGAUAUAAAACUUUAUUUUUUUGUGAAGAAUCAACAACA